UAGUUAAGAAGGUGGGUUAGAGGAGUGAACAUAGAUUUCGGUUUGCAUAUACUGAACUCCGUGCUCAGGAAAAGAAGACCUUGGGGCUUGGUCAUCAGUUUAUUAUUAUACUUUGCGCUUUGGAAAAGAAGGCGUCACAUCAUCAGUUUGGAAUUUAUUAACAAAACAGCGUCAUCGCUUCUUAAUUAUUGGUCAGAUCUAAAUCUUGCUUUUGGCUUGGAUAAACAUAAUAUUUUAUUGAAACAAGGCAUGGAUAAGCAUAUUUUUUUCAUACAGAGGAAAUAAAUCAUUUAAUAAAUUUUAUCAUUGUAUCAAGCCGAUAUGAUAGAACAAGAGUCUAACCUCAGGCCUAUGCAUACAACUAUAUGAUAGCCAGCACAUGCUGAGUUCACGAACCGAUAAAGAAAAAGUUCAAAAGAGAGGUAAAAACAUCCUCAUUGCCUGCCUGCCCCAGUUGGGCACACGUGGUUUAAGCACUUAAUUAGUGGCUGCCUAGUAUACAUAUGUGCAUAUUGGAUUGCUCUAUCGGUCCCUGUUGCAGUUGGUAUGAAGAGAAUGGGUCGUGAGAGAUAUGACUCUGAUUGGAAGGAAGUGAAGGUUAUCAAUGGCUACGCUGUGUUUAUGGCCUACUUGUCAUUCGCAGUGAGAGGGUUAGGCUUCCUGGUCAUGACGUGGACUACAGUGGUUCUUCUCGGUGGCUUUGUCUCUAUGGUAGACAAGCUAGAUUUCUGGCUUCUCACGGUGAUCACCCUAAUACAGAUACUCUGGAUCGAUGUCUCUUUCAAUCAAAGGAUAAGGUACAUUGGUGGUCUGUACUCGAACUUGAAGGGGGUGAACAGUAUAUUGACAGAUAAUGCUCACCCUGAGAACAGGGUACCACCAGAUGUAAAGCGAGCUGUGGUGGUGGUACUUGCAGUGAUCAGGCCGGUUCUAGCGCUGGUUCACAAAGUGAUGUUGCACAUGUACAUUGGCCCUCUGAUGUGUCUCCUAUGGUCUGGGAUGGUCAUCACCACUGUGAUUUCGAUACGAGGUCUAGUGCAACACAACCACUACGGAGACAAGGAUGUGGACAAAAAGAACAUGGAUCCGGCGCAUAAUGUCUUGUAUGUCUUAUGUGUUGCCCAAGGCGCCCUGUUCUUGUAUUAUUCUGUCUUGUUGCUUUCGGAGAAGAGGAUAGCUAAACAAGUGAGCCGAGCAUACGGCUUCAAAGAUGGUGGCCAUGCAGUUUUGGGCUACUUGCGCGAGAUUAAGAGGGGAUGCUUGAAGAGUCCAUCCUCUGCCAGAGGAAGGAACCUCGUCACUUAUGCUGUACAACUCAUGGAGUCCAAGUCACCUCGUAGGUGCCGUACCGGGAUGCUGAUACUGGACAGGCUACUCACCCGACAUAGUUCAGACAAUGUUGUUAAAGAUCCAAAUUUUGUUGAAGAAAAUCACACAGAGCACAGGACCGGAGCUCUUUUUAAUCAAAAGGAAAUGAUGAAGGAGAACGAGGAUGAGAAGAAAAAUAAUAAGGAGAAAGAGGAGAAGAAAACGAAGGAGAAAGAGGAGAGGAAAAAGAAAAAGGUGGAAGAUAAGGAGGAGAAGAAAAAGAAGAAGAAGAAGAGGAAGCAUAAGCAGCCAAAGAAGGAAGAGGGGAAGGGGAAGAAGCACCAGAAAUUGCAGAAGGAGAUCAGAAGGCAAUGCUGGUUUAUAAAGCAGAUGAUCGGGUCUACAUCCUCCACCCAUGUUCUCCAGAAACUCCUUCAUAUGCUAGAUUCGAGAGGAUCAUAUGAAAAAUUGAUGAGGGAAUCUGCUGCAAGGAUAGUGGAGUAUGUUGCUGUCGGGAUUCGUUUGGAGCAGUUCCCACGAGGGAUCCAAUGCAUAUCUACACUCCUCAACACCUUUGAAGAAUACCGUGGACUCCAGCCAUCGUCAUCGUCAUCACCAAACACAAACAAUAGUCAUGAUCAGGAACAAAGCAGCAGCACCAACGAUCAUUCUCCGCCAUCAGAUUCAGAAUCAGAUUCAGAGUCAGAAUCAGAAUUAGACUUGGACAGCCACGUCAAUUGGCGUCCAUCACCCAAGGAUACAAAGAGCAACUACAAUGCCCACUCGUUUGACGGAUACAAAAGUCUGGUGCUUACUGGCCUUCGUAUCAUUUGCAGCCUCGCGGGUAGUGAGCACAACUGCAGGAUCAUAAGCAACACCAGACAUCUUACCUGCAAGAUCAUGGCACCCAUCAGCUGCGAUCUAGUGCACAGUACCCAUCAUAGUGCAUGGUCCACUUGUGUAGUAGAGGAAUCGCUCAAGGUGAUGCUUCGGCUCGUAACUGCCGACGGAGAGACCGGGAUCCAGCUACGUCGACAGAUCUCAAACAACAAAGAAGCAAUCACCACCAUGGAAAGAAUUGUUACUUGUGUAGAAUGUAAAGGCCAAAAGCUACAUAUGAAGGCCAUUAAGAUCCUCACUCAAGUAUGCAGGGAGAAAACUGAAAUAAGGGAGUUUCUGGCUAAGAUACUCGUGAGCAUCUUUGUCAACGAUGACAGCAGCAACGACUCCAUCAGAAAGGCUGCGGGCAAAGCACUGGUUGUGCUGAUUUUCAGCAGCAAAAGCAUUGCCACCAUACUCCCCAAGGAGAAUGAUGAUGCAUCUGAGUUCGUUGCUGGUCUCGUUAAAAUAGUUUCACAAGUUGGGAACCACGAUGCAUGGCGAAAAAGUGCAGCGGAAAUUCUGGAGCAUCUAUGUGUUCAUUACACUGAUAAUGAAGAAUAUCUCCGCACACUCAAGAAUACCAUGACCUGCGUGAUACCAAAGGUGCUGAGAGAAAUAUUGUCGGUAGGUGAUGAGUCAAAGCCGGUGUAUGGCAGAUCAGAUGCGGACAUCGAAUGGCAAGUUGUCGACGGUGGGUAUGCUGCUUCACAAGUCAGUGUCAGAGGCACCACCACAAUCAACAACAAGUACAACAACAACUUGCAUGCUGCCCUGCUAUCCCUCUGUGUGACAGCAUGUGAGACAUUAAACCUUGAUCUCGACAUGUUGGGAGAAGGUGUGGCCUUCAGCUUGGCGAGGAAGAUGGUGCAGCUGAACAGCGGCAAUCUCACGGCCGACUGCCUGGCAACGAUGAAGCUUACCGUCAGGAUGGUGAUAGCGGCGCUGACGAAACUCAGGGGCGCCCCCGGCAUCAUCGUCAAACGAGCUGACCUGGAGAGCCUGAUGGAGUCUCUAUCCAGGGCUUCACAGACUAUGCUUGAUCUUGAGAGCUGCAUGGUUUUCGCUGCCGCCGGGCCAACGACGACAACGACCCUCGAUUCCCUGGUGGAACAGGCGCAAAGUCUCCAUGCCGAGAUCAAACUGCGAGAGCUGGAAAUCACGCCAGCAAGCCAGGCUAGUAGCUCUCUCGGUGCCAACAAGCUACUCUAGAUUAAUUUCGAGGGCAGGCUACAGUAUAUAUUUUUAGAUGUGUAUUUGCUUAUAUUCAUUAACCUGUAAUGUACUGGACUGUCCUGUCAUGAAUGAACUAAUU